AUGAGUGGCCUCAUUUCAUCGUUGUUGAUCCAACUCGGAAUACGAUCUCCCGAUCUGCCACCCCCACCAACCGUCCUUACUGAACACCCGAACGAACCAACUCAAAACAAUCAACAAUUCACGACUCAAUCGGACUAUCAUUGCAGACAGAAAUCAAGCGGAUAUGCGGGUGCGGGAUCCCUGCAUAAUCCUAACUUUUUCACAGCUUUGCCCAAAGAGAUGGAUGCACGCAGUCCACCAAGCACUCAAUCUGUGACCAAUAGCACGCCUGGGUCUAUUCAAAAUAUGGCGACAGAGGGGUCGUUAGCGCUUGAGGGAAACUCACUAGUCGAUUCAAGGGAUCCGGAUUCAACCCCCCACGAGGCGAUGACGCAGCAGCGUGCGCCACAGGACACACCUUCGGCAAUGGCAAUUGAGGAUGCCCAGAGAUCCACAAGUGAUUCAUUUGACAUUGUUGAACCGGUGCAGUCGUCACUCCCCGCGGAUGAUGGAAUGGGGAUAUUGCGAAGCAAGAUCAUCGCAAUCCGAGACUUGCAGCUUGCCAAUGCCGAAAAAGCGCGCAUGGUACAUAACCUAAUGACCGAAAGCUACAACACUUCACGGGACCAUCAACAUACAGCAGUGACACCUAUCUCAAGUCCAACACCACUUCCCGCGAGUCUGACUGGAGAUUCGGAUGCACCCGAACCCAAGAGCCCAAAUAGUUCCUACGAGAAUGUAUCACACCUUACACCUGAGGAUGUGCAACCCACCUACGCCCCAAAGGUCGAACCGGAGAUAGACGAGUCUGCAACCAUUGAGUCACCCGAUGGCGACAUGGAUACAGAAGAGCUAGCAGAGGCUACGCUGGGCUGUGUGCAUUACCAUCGCAAUGUGAAACUCCAGUGUCAUACAUGCAAGAAGUGGUAUACUUGUCGAUUCUGUCACGAUGAAGUUGAGGACCAUAAUCUCAUUCGCCGAAACACCGAAAACAUGCUUUGUAUGCUAUGUGGUCACGCUCAACCGGCGGGACAGAUUUGCAGACAGUGUGAUGAGCAAACCGCGCAAUAUUACUGUGACAUAUGCAAACUUUGGAACAACGACAGCAAAAAAAGUAUCUAUCAUUGCGAUGACUGUGGCAUCUGUCGAAUUGGCCAAGGUCUUGGGAAGGACUUCUUCCAUUGUCAGACAUGCUGUGUCUGUCUUCCAAUGUCCAUUGAAAAUACACAUCGUUGCAUUGAGCGCUCCACUCAGUGUGAUUGCCCCAUCUGUGGCGAUUACAUGUUCACCUCGACCGAGACUGUUGUCGUCAUGCGAUGCGGUCACAGCAUUCACUCCAAGUGCUUGACAGAGUACUCCAGGAAUUCAUUCCGCUGUCCUAUCUGCAGCAAGACUAUUACAAACAUGGAAUCCACAUUCCGGAACCUAGAUCGCACGAUUGAGAGCCAACCAAUGCCCGAAGAGUUCAAAGAUACGAAAGGCCUCGUUUACUGUAAUGACUGUGGCUCGAAAUCAGUUGUCAAAUAUCAUUGGCUGGGCCUGAGGUGUGACCUGUGUGAAUCUUAUAACACGGCCCAACUUCAACUCUUACACGGUGACAUGUCGGCUCAAUCUACAGUUGGACCGGACGCACCUUCUCGGGCUCGAUCUUCAUCACUUAUCGAAAAUGACGAGCCACUGUCGUCUUCAUUUGCAGAAUUGGGUGUCAACAGCACCUCCAUUCCUCCUUCACGACUCAGUAUCCCAAAUGUCGCCGAACGAAGGCCAUCUACAUCAUACAACAUCACACGAGGUCGCGCUAUAUCCCCGGUGGUUAGCAACUACUUUGGACUGCCACCUGAGCGUGAAUCCGAAAAGCCUUCAUCGAUGCCAUUGUCUGGAACUCCAUCUCGCGGUGUUACAAACUCCGAUUAUGGCGCAUUCAACUUCUUGAGCAAAAAGCUUACAUAUCCGUAUGGGUUGUUUGGUGGUGAGACGAAGUCAACGGAUCCCGUCCCGGAGGCUGGAAAGGAUGAUGAUGACGGUGACGAUGGUGACAGUGACGGGGAUGACGAUGAUGACGAUGAUGAUGAUGAUGAGUUCUCAGACUCAGUUGAAUCUUUUGACUCCGUUGGUUCGCAUGGGAAUGAAGAUGAUGGAGAAGAUGAUGACCACAUCGCAAUUUUUGGCCAUCGAUGA